CAAUCGAGCCGCUGCAGCGCCAGUGCGAUGCGGCGCGUUGACAGGAGCCUCACGUUAGCACUCUACCCCACUUAUUAUACAGACAGACGGAGAGAGAGAAACGAUAACGCCGGUCACAUCUGAUAUCCUUCUUUCAUGCUCAUUUUAACGCGUGGAUGACGCUCUUUAAACUUUGAAUGAUUCACGGUUUACUGCAGUCAGCCCCGCCUUUUGACACAGUGAACCGGCUUUUUCCCGGUCCUCAGUCGUACUGUCGUUUAUUUAUUAGUGGAUUUAAACAUUGCUGCUGCUGACAACAUGACAGCGCGUAUCGCGCGUCGGACUCUGGGCUGAACGCAUAAGCGCGCAUCAUGGAUAGCGCGUUGUCUCUUUGCGUCUCUCAGUGUAAUCAGCACGUUUCUCAAUGGAUGAGGAAAUCGAAUCCCGCAAGAUCAACAACAGCUUCCUUCGAGACCACAACUAUGCAACUGAAGCUGACAUCAUAUCAACGGUUGAGUUUAACUCUACAGGAGAGCUUCUGGCCACUGGGGAUAAAGGUGGACGAGUUGUGGUCUUCCAAAGAGAACAGGAGAGUAAAAACCAGCCUCAUCGGCGAGGAGAAUACAAUGUUUACAGCACCUUUCAGAGUCACGAGCCCGAGUUUGACUACUUGAAAAGCUUGGAGAUCGAGGAGAAAAUCAAUAAGAUCCGCUGGCUCCCUCAACAGAAUGCUGCGUAUUUCCUUCUCUCCACCAAUGAUAAAACUGUGAAGCUUUGGAAAAUUAGCGAGCGAGAUAAACGACCAGAGGGCUACAAUCUAAAGGAUGAAGAAGGCAGAAUCCGGGAUCCCACCACCAUCACGGCUCUUAGGGUGCCUGUUUUGAGGCCCAUGGACCUGAUGGUUGAGGCAACACCUCGCCGUAUUUUCUCUAAUGCACACACUUAUCAUAUCAACUCCAUCUCAGUCAACAGUGACUAUGAGACAUACAUGUCCACAGAUGACCUAAGGAUCAACCUAUGGAACCUGGAGAUCACAAACCGAAGCUUCAAUAUUGUGGACAUAAAGCCGGCCAACAUGGAAGAUCUGACCGAAGUCAUCACAGCGGCAGAGUUUCACCCUAACCAAUGUAACACAUUUGUGUACAGUAGCAGCAAGGGCUCAAUAAGACUGUGUGAUAUGAGAGCUUCUGCACUGUGUGACAACCACUCAAAAUUAUUUGAGGAACCAGAAGACCCCAGCAAUCGCUCAUUCUUUUCAGAAAUCAUUUCCUCCAUCUCAGACGUAAAGUUCAGCCACAGCGGACGUUACUUAAUGACCCGUGAUUACCUCACAGUGAAGGUGUGGGACGUCAACAUGGAGAACAAACCUCUGGAAACAUACCAGGUCCAUGACUACCUUAGAAGUAAACUAUGCUCGCUGUACGAGAACGAUUGCAUCUUUGACAAGUUUGAAUGUGUGUGGAAUGGGACUGACAGUGUCCUGAUGACAGGCUCCUACAACAACUUCUUUCGUAUGUUUGAUCGAAACACUAAGCGUGACGUGACGCUGGAAGCCUCGCGGGAGAACAGCAAACCAAGAGCUAUCCUCAAACCACGCAAGGUUUGUGUCGGCGGCAAACGGCGCAAAGACGAGAUCAGCGUGGACAGCCUGGACUUCAGUAAGAAGAUCCUUCACACGGCUUGGCACCCAAGUGAAAACAUCAUCGCUGUGGCCGCCACCAACAACCUGUAUAUUUUUCAGGACAAGAUCAACUAGUCUGUAGCUCGGAUGUCUGACGGCACUAUUUGUCAUGGACUUGGGAUAUGAACAUUUGACUCACUAGCAGUGGACAGAGUCAACUUGAGAAACAACUAUAUGGGCUUUGCCUUUACAUCAAACUGUGUUGCAGUAAAUCAAACCAAAUGUACAACUUAAAGGUGCACUGCAAACCACAGACAACAACUUUGGACUGCUUUUAUUUCUCUUUUCAUUUCCCCCUCGCUGUGGCUUUUGUUGGUUAUACACAGCAAUACAGAGAGGAUUCAUUUACAUUUUAAGUUACUAAGCACUUUUUUGGUUUGUAGAGGUUAAUGCAUUGGCAAACUUGGGAGGCAAGUCAUGUAAAAAAGUCUUGUUGAAACAAAAUAGUAUUUGGCCAACAUCAUCCGAUUCUGAAAUCUUGUCAGGACUGAAAACACAGAUGGCUGUGAAAUAUG